CCAACGACACUCUCAGGUUAGUUCACAUUUAUUUACUUCUGCUGCCUAUCGGCCGUACGCUCGCCGAGACGUCGAUACAUUUGGCUCCGUGUGCUUUGGGGACGAUAUUAAACCCGCAUCCAUCGCCGUCCGCGUCUUGGAGCCCCACACAGGAGUCAUGGCAGACAAGGAAGAUAUGGCACAGAAAGCCAAACUGGCCGAGCAGGCUGAGCGUUAUGAUGACAUGGCUGCAGCCAUGAAAGCUUUCACAGAGCAGUGCUCGGAGCUCAGCAACGAGGAGCGUAACCUGCUCUCUGUUGCCUACAAGAAUGUGGUGGGGGCCCGGAGGUCCUCCUGGAGGGUCGUGUCCGGCCUGGAGCUUAAGGCUGAAGACACUGCAAAGGGUGCACUGAUCAAGGAGUACAAAACGAAAAUAGAAAGUGAGCUGAAAGACAUCUGCAAGGAAGUACUGGAGCUACUUGACAAGUUUCUGAUCCCCAACGCUAAGCCUGCCGACAGCAGGGUCUUCUACCUGAAGAUGAAGGGAGACUACUUCCGCUACCUGGCUGAGGUGGCCAGCGGAGAGGAAAGGGAUACAAUCAUCUCCAGUUCACAAGAGGCCUACCAGAAGGCCUUGGAUAUCAGCAACGUAGAAAUGAAGGCAACACACCCCAUCCGUCUAGGCCUUGCUCUGAACUUCUCUGUCUUCUACUAUGAGAUCGUCAACUCACCUGAAAAGGCCUGCCAACUGGCAAAGACAGCCUUUGAUGAAGCCAUUGCUAUGCUGGACUCCCUCAACGACGACUCGUACAAAGACAGCACCUUGAUCCUGCAGCUGCUCCGCGACAAUCUGACUCUGUGGAUGUCGGAUGCCCAGACUGAGGGGGAAGGUGAAGGAGACGAGACGGAGCCGGCAGCGGAGAAAAACUGAACUUCAGAAAAGAGAAAAAAAAAAAUUAAAAAAUCACAUUUUUACCUCUCACCAGCCUAAGUUGUGUGCGUGGUUGUGUGUGCACAUACAUGCACAGAUAUGUAUGUUUACACUCCACUCACAAUGUGUAAAGUACAGUAUGUAUGUGCAGAUACAUUGAAGCAUUGAAGUGUGUGUUAAUCAUAUGAGCACCUCCACAGAGAAAAGAAUGGAUUAGGUUUGUUUUUCUUUAGAACAUUACUCAUUGUGUGAACCAGCGGAUGUUCCUUAUCUUUGUUGUCGUUUUGUUCCCUCCUUUAGAUCCAAAUCUGCCCCCGUGCUCUUUAACCCUACUCACUGUAGCAAACUGCUGCUGUUGCAGGAAAACAAACGAAACCUAAAAAACCUCUAACUGUAACUUUGAUAAUUUGUAUGUUUUUACUUGAACUGAACAUUUACAACCUUUGUGACACUCGAUUCCACAAAGCUUCUUUGAAGCACGUUGACUUUAAAAAUGGACACAGAGGUCUGAAUCCACUAAACUUAACAUCCGACAAUAGCAGUCAUCAUAUACUGUUAAAGAUCUGUCGCCAUAUUGCUUACGUCCAUCUCACCCUGUGAGUGUCCAGUGUAGCAGGUAGUCUUUUUAUGGAUGGUACAUGUAUCAUAGCUCAGUGGGUUUCAGUGUGCAUUCGGGCAUAGGAGAAGUUUUCUGUAUGAAUGGCCAUUUACAAAAACUGUAGUUAAACUCCAGUUGAUAGAUUUGUUGGGAGGAUUACAUUCCAUUUUUCUGACAUCUUUUCACUCUCUGUGAAAUCUGUAGACUAUGGUUUGCUGCAAUUUUUUGCUACCACAUGACAAGAUAUAGACCGCCUAUAGGACAAAGUGAACAACUUGAUUAAAUGGCAUGAUACUGUAACUUUUGAUAUUUUAUCUUUUCAGCAGUGCAGAGGAUACUUUUGCCAUGUGCUUUUAUGUGGCUUUCUACUCUUUUUCUAUUCAGGUGUUUUUGUAUUUUCUUUUUGUGUAUUUUAUUCCCGUUGACUCUUGAUUUGACUCCCGGAAUGUAUGUGGUUCUCAGUAGUAUGGUGUGAGGGUUAGGUUUGCUUAGGAUUUAGCUCGAGCGAGAGAGGUGGUUUACAGUAACAUUUACCUUCCUCUAAAGUAAAUUUUGGAAAAGGCGGACUAACACCAUGCUAAAUAACUGAAAAUAACUUGGUAGAAAGCUGCAUUGAGGUCAUCUAGUUGUUACAACGUAGUGCCAGUUUCUUCCAAUUACAGUAUCUUGGGUUUUAAAAGGUGGGAUGCAGGAAUUUGCAAAUUACACUCUUGAGUAUGUUAUUUGGUUUUUUGUGGUUCAUGUAAGUGGAAUUAAAACAUUCAAAUCGA